AUGUUCAAGCGUGCCCCGGUGGGGAAGAAGGAGGCGGCGGCAAAGUUCAAGGCAGAAGCUGCAGGCAAUCAGGCGCCGAAGAACAUGGGAGACAUCACACUUCGAGACGCGUGUGACGUUCUUGACGCAGUUCUGACCGACGACUCCACGAAGGUUCCGGUGAAAGAAGGCGUCGACGUUUUCUUUGACCCCGAGAAGUUCAACGAGAAGAAGACUCUCGACGUGUUCAUGAAGACCUUCCCGUACGACGCGGUCGAGCUCGGUGUGAGGGAACGCACGGAGAUCCUUGUGGGGAGUUCCAAGGGGAAGGUGGUGAACACGAAGCACGAUCGCGCCAUGAUCGAAGUUGGUGGACGAAGCUUGGCUGUGUCGGUUCUCUUCGUCCUACAACACGCCGUGGGAGGGCAACUGGUGACAACUGUGGAGGCAGCUCAGCGCAAGUUCGUGUUGUUCCUACAACAGGUAAUCGCCAUCCCGGAGUUCUUCAUCCCGAACCACUACCGGAUCGAAGGGAAGGCUUCUUGCGCCCAGAGUAGGUACACUACGGAUGCCGAGGCAGAGAUCGCCAAGUUGCAACUCAAGCAGAGGGUCAAGCCUACCCCCGAACGCCAGGGCAAGAUCACCCGCUUUCAGAAGAGGUUGGACGGCAUGAUCAAGAUCAAACCGAUGAUUUGGAGGGUUCUCCGGAAAAUCUCCGUAUGA